GAAGAGGUGGAGGUCAGAGGGAACUGCUGGAGUUCCUUGGUUUGUGCGUGUAUGAGUGAAGUUACCGUUACCAUUUGACUAUGUGUGUGUCUUAUGUUACAGCAAUGCUGCACAUCAGUGGCCAGAGAGAGGGGAGAAGGGAGGAAAAGCCUGUUUACACAGACUGCAAACCGCCUGGGGAAUAAUGCAGGAAAGGAAGUGAGCCGGCUCUCUGUCUGACUGCUCCAACUUCCUGCUCUCUCUCGCACUCUCGAACACACACCAACCGGGGGGGGGGAAGAGAAAGAAACAAGGGGGGGGGAAUCAGGAUCUCAUUACAAGAGCAACAGAGCGUUUUAGAGGACUGUCAGCAUGGAAAACCAGGGGAUUUUACACAGCUCCCUUUAAAACUGCAAGAAGAGGUUGGAAAAGCCCACCAGACUCUGGGCAUGGAGAGUGCAAUCACGUUGUGGCAGUUCCUGUUGCAGUUGCUUCUUGAUCAGAAACACGAACACCUAAUUUGUUGGACAUCUAAUGAUGGUGAAUUUAAGCUGCUUAAGGCAGAAGAAGUGGCUAAGCUGUGGGGACUCAGAAAAAACAAAACUAACAUGAAUUAUGACAAACUGAGCAGAGCGCUGAGAUACUACUAUGACAAGAACAUCAUCAAGAAGGUGAUUGGGCAGAAGUUUGUGUACAAGUUUGUGUCAUUCCCUGAUAUUUUAAAGAUGGAUCCUCAUGCUGUGGAAAUCAGCAGGGAAAGCCUUUUGCUGCAGGACAGCGACUGCAAGAUACCUCUUGAAGGCAGAGAACAACAAAAGCAUGGCUUGUCAGCCCUGAAAGGCACAAGCCGUAAUGAAUAUAUCCAUUCAGGGUUGUACUCAUCUUUCACCAUCAACUCCCUGCAAAACCAGCCAGAUACUCUCAAGCAGAUCAAAACAGAGAAGCUGGAGGAGAAACUGGAAGGGUCUACACCUUUGGAAGAAGUCCGAACUGUUAUAAGAUUUGUGACAAACAAAUCAGAUAAGCAAGUCAUGAGGCCCAUAGUGUCACUGCCAUCAACCUCUGAGGCAGCAGCUGCUUCUGCUUUUUUAGCAUCCUCCGUCUCUGCAAAAAUAUCAUCUUUAAUGUUGCCCAAUGUUGCCAGCAUCUCAUCAGCUUCGCCAUCUUCCUCCCGAUCACCAUCUCUGUCUCCUAACUCUCCCCUUGCCUCGGAACACAGAAACAUCUUUCUGGAGUCCAACUGCCAGGAUUCCGAUUCUCUUGAGCCACUGAACCUCUCAUCAGGAUCCAAGACAAAAUCUCCUUCUCUUCCCCCAAAGGCUAAGAAACCCAAAGGUUUGGAGAUCCCAGCACCUCCAAUGGUUCUUUCAAGCACUGACCUCGGCUCUAUUGCCCUCAACAGUCCAGCGCUCCCUUCGGGAUCUCUGACUCCUGCUUUCUUCACUGCUCAGACCCCAAAUGGAUUGCUGUUGACCCCAAGCCCGCUGCUUUCCAGCAUUCACUUCUGGAGCAGCCUCAGCCCUGUUGCUCCUUUGAGUCCUGCCAGGCUGCAAGGACCAAACACCCUGUUCCAGUUUCCAACUCUGCUAAACGGUCACAUCCCAGUGCCAAUUCCCAGCUUGGAUGGGGCCUCUUCUCCAGUUCUCCUUUCUCCAAACGCUCAUAAAUCCUGAUAUAUCUGCAAAUUAAAGGACUCACUAACAAACUGGAUUUUACACAGCCAUUCUGAUGGGUUUCAUUUUUCUGGUGACACUGGAAGGACAUGAUGAAACCCUCUUUUACUAUGGUUUGCACUUUUCAUUACAUGGAUGAUCUACUUGUAUAAUGUUUAUUUAGCAUUUUAAACAGUGUUUUUUUAUAAGAAUCUGUUGUGCAUUAAAAUGAGUUAUAAUUUUUUUAUAUCCUCGCUCUCCAAGUGUUGAACACUGUUAAUGAAGUACUUUUCUUAAUAGAUUUCAAAACAAUAUCUAAAGGAUGUGAAACUUUUUAAUUCUGUAUUUCUGCAUAUUAUGCAUCGUGCUUGUGUAAACUAUAACCGGCUGUGCCUUCUUUUGCAUAAUGUUAUAUAAAUGAUUUAUAUAUUUUCCAGUAUUAAGAUAAAGGUUGAAAAGGAACCAAGUAUUGAACAUCCCCUGCCCCCAUACUAGUAUUUCAAUAUUACCCUUGUGGUAGGCCAUAUGGUGUCAUGUAUUCAUGUAAUUUUGAAUUAAGUGCUUUCCAGUUAUAUAAUGAAUCCUAUUUCCUUGCUGAACUGAGGGGUCAUAAUAAAUAUUUUGGCCAGUAAGUGUGUUUAAGAAUAGGACACUAUUUAGAAAUAGGUGCUUCAAUUCUUCUCUGUAAGAGGAACAUGGCCUUAAAUAUGUACAACAUAUUUUAGAGAUAUUCUUAAAUUAAGAGGAUAUAACCUUGCUCAGUGCCACUCAUUUCUGUGUACUAAUCAGACUGUUAGAAGACACUUUUAAUUGAUCUUCAAGUUCCUGACCGUACUCAAGGUAUUGCACCUUCCAGGUUAAUUUUUCAAGUACUUUGAAGCAAGUGGAUCCAGUUUUGCAUGGCCAGUGGCUUAAAAAAAUCAGGCGUCCUAAGAAUUUUAAGAAGUCUUUCUAGCCCUCAUGAUUACAUUUUUUAAAAAAUGUCUGAUAGCAUGAUAGACUCCUAUCAAUAGCCAGAAAGCAAAUACGAUACCCAGAGUAUUGAACAUUGUAAUUUAAUAAUACCAAGGCUCUUUUUCUUUUCAGCAGUUUAGAACACUGAAGACAGAGAAACAGAGCUUGUGUCACUUCCUAGAAUGUUAAGACUGGUUUCCUGAAGACUGAAAUACAACACAAAAGCAGAAUUAAAUAAGUGCGGAUGACACAUAAAGAGCAUUAUGUCCAUCAGCUUCAAUCUAGAAAAUAUCCCACGCAUGCAUAUUUUAUGAACAUGUUAACUAUAACCAAACACUGAAAAUGUUUAGAUUAAAUGAACAUUCCGACUUAUGUCAGGUUCCCAAAGUUCAUUUGAGAAUUCAUACAAACUGCAGUGAUACUCUACAUAACCUACCUAAAAGUUUUAUCUUGAAAAUUACUGGUUCCAUUGAUUUAGAAACAUCUAGACACUCUGCAACAGAGGUCUCCAACUGUGGUCUGUAGACCACCAGUGGUCCACAAGCUUCAUUCAGGUGGUCUGCAGAAUGUUCAUGUUAAAUAUGCAUAAUUAUUUUAAUUGUAUUUUUAUUGCUUCUUUUAUUUCUUAUAUUGUAUUUUAUUAUAUUACAAUUUGAAUUCUAAGGAAUGCAAAUUGUAAUACUCCAAACUAUAAGAAAUAAAGGAAUCUACAAAAAUACAAUUCAAAACCAUACCCCAUCCAGCACAGCACACUACAAUUGCUACAGCCUGCAGAAAAAUCAUUAAGUGGUCCACCAAGACCCUCAGCAAUUUUCAAGUGGUCUGUAGGAAACAAAGUUUGGGAACCACAGCUCUGGAAGAAAUAAUAAAUGUUUGGUCUUCCAAGUUGCCAAACUGAAACUUGUGUGCGCUUUUAAAUGAAAAUAUGGAAUAAAAGGACUAAUGUACUACAAGUGGUUCCCACUGCAGUUUAUAUGCUGAAGUUUGUAUUGCAGUGAGGUUUAUUCAGUAUUCUUUCUGGAACAGUUUUUGCUAUCUGAAAAGAGCCACUGAUCACACACCCCUCCCCACAGUGUUCCUCUACCUCCUAAAGCCACCAUGUUCCACCUCUGCAGGAUGCAUCAUUUCUGAUUGCCAAAAGUUAAGAAGUUCUAUACAUGGAAAACACAUCCAUUGCUGAAUAUACAAAAUUCUAUUUACAGUUUCUAGCAGAAUUUGGAUAUAUUUUUACAUGCUGAUCCAAUGAUCUUAGACUAUCUUCCUGCAUGCUUCUGAAAUUAUAUUCCCACACUUAAUUCCAAUAUGGAGAUUCUCAGUAUACUGUUUAUUGCAGGCAACCAAAACAGGUGUUACAAACCUGGAAGACAGAGGUUGUCAACACAAUAAUUUUGCAAGUAUAGUCUAUGCUUUAAUUGUAGAAGAGGAUGGAACUUGUUAAAAGAAUUUUGAUAUCAUGAAAUGUAAUGAAUGAAGACCAAAUGUAAUCUUUAUACUUUUCUGUAUUUGAUAACAUAAAGCAAAAACUAUGCUAGGUUUCAGCAAUUUCAGCAGUAAAAACAUGUCAGAGGGAGUAAGGCAUUUUAACAUACUGUCAGCACUUAGUACUCUUUACUUUUACCCACUCCACCUCCCAAAUGUUGCACUGGUUGUGUUGGCUGCUCAUGAGUUUAACUGCAAAUAUUUCAGUGGUUUCUCUACUCAGGGAGACCCUAUGUGUGAAUUUAGACCCCUGGAAGAUCAGGGCCCCUAAGCUGCAGAGGCUCUACAAGCCGAAAAGGCUCCCUGUUGCAGAAGUUAUGGUUGAAUUGGUGAGUAGCAAAGGGCUAGGACUAGGAAUGUGCCUGCAGCCCCUUUGUACUUGCUCUCCUUCCUCACAUAAUUAACAAUGGAAGGUUUAUAAUGUACAUUUUGUAAAGGCCAGAAAAUGCACAUUAAAUAAGGUAAUACUCAAACCCACCUUAAUCUCUUUUCCUUAAAUACAAAUCAGUUGGAGUCAUACUACUCAACUUAUUGUCCUUUCUAAAUGCCUACUGUCUUUCCAAGAGCCCAUAAACGCCACACCUAAUCUUGUUUCCCCUGCUAAAUCCUAUGUUAUUUAACUAUUGUGCUGAACUGCAUGGAAUUUUUCUACAAAAGGAAUCAGUCCAGCAGUGAAACGAGAGUGUGACGCCUCACUGGAUAGUGGAAUAUAUAUCAACAAACUUAUUAGCAGCACUAUUUUAUUCUUACACUUUCACUGUAAAAAGCCCAAAAAAAUCUGUAAUAGGACUUCAGAGUUCUUCAUGAUUUGUGGAAAUACAUUUCAUUAGAAAUAUGGACAUGAGCUCCUCAGCUUUAUACAGCAAACAAGAUUCCCACAGAUACACUGGCAUUUUGUGUAGCACACACAUGAAAGUGAGUGACAUACCUUGCUCUUUAAGUGUUUUAAGGGUACAGGUGUGUCCAUGUUUGCUGUGCGAAACACCAAAGUACUCUAUGCAGUCAUGUUACCUGUGUGAAGUUUGGAGCUCUCCUUGUCUGGGCCUGGAGAGAAGUAUGCAAGAAGACACAAGGAAAAUUCACGUGAGGAUGCAGCUAUACAUUAAUGUGGGUAUUACUUAACCACACUCACUGUUGACAUUCCACUGAAGUAAAAAGCCAGCUUUUCCCCUCUUGGGAACAAUAUACCUCAUUCUGAAGCAUGCAAGCUAAAGAAAGCCAUGAAAGUUAGUUACACAUAAAAGGCUGAUGUUCUCCCCACUCUUAAUAUGCAAGUAUUUUCCUGCAGCCAAAUUAUUAUUUUUAGAAUUAUUAUUAGAAUUAAAAACUAUUACCCGCUGUUCAUCCAGAGGUCCUAGGGCGGGCAACAACAAUUUAAAAAGACAUAACAGUUAAAAACAACCUAAACAACAACACAGAAAAUAGGGUGGGUCCUAAAAAUAUACAUCUCGUGUGCUGAAGGGUUAGGGUAAAGAGGUGCAUUUUAAGCAUUUGUCAAAAGUUGUACAGUGAAGUUGCCAGAUGCAUACAAAUAUUUGUUGUUUGCAACAAUUUUAAAAAGUGCUCCUCAACUGAAGUUGUUGUAUAUACUAUCUGCAACAUACAAGUUACACCUAUUGUGGGCCAGAAAAGGUCAAACACAUGAGAAAAUAUAUGAACAUUUGCUUACAAUUGUAAGUUGCAUUUCUGAACAUCUCCUUUAGAGGCACCAUAGUGGCUGGUAUGAUGGACUGAGCAAGGUGACAAUAGCCCAAAUUAUCCAUUAAGCCAUCAUGCUUUUCCAACAGAAUGUCCUUUAAACCUGAGAAGUCCUUUGAUUAUUUUAAUACACUCUUUGCAUUUGUAAACAUCUUCAAGUUAUUUACUUAACCUACCUCACAGGGCUGUUGUGAGGAUCAGUAAUAUUUGUACAAUGCUUUAGAAAAAAAAUUAAAAGAUUACAUAUGUAGCAAAUAGCAUUAUUGAGGACAAAGCAGAGCCCAGUAAGACUAUAAGAAGCCAUAGAUUGUUACCUACAGAUCAAGAAUUUGUAGUAAUUGAAAUGUACUAUACGGUCAUUUGAUUUCCCCCCUUUAUGUGUAAUAAUAAUUCUCUCA